AUGCGUUCCCAUUUUGCAUCUUCUAUCUGCCUUCUAUCUCUCGUUUCACCGCUUUCUUUUGCCUACACAUGGCCAUCGCCUCAGUAUGACGCCCUAGAAGGUCUUCUGUUUGAAGGGAGGAGGUCCGACGGUUCUAGUUUGGCUUCCCUCGUUCACCCUUGCCGGAAGCGUGGCGCAACUCUAGCCUCUGUCCCUGCCGAAUGGCUGCGAUUUGCAUUCCACGACAUGGCGACUCACAAUGUCGACGAUGGUACUGGUGGGUUGGAUGGUUCAAUUGUUUACGAAUUAGGGCGGUCAGAGAACUUUGGCCUCGGCUUUAAUCAGACUCUGAGCGACUUCGAGGCCUAUCCAAACAAAAUGGUUUCGCGUGCUGAUGUUAUUGCUAUUGGUGCUAUCAUGGCCGUCAACACCUGCGGGGGGCCCAUCAUUCCUUUCCGCGGCGGACGUAUAGACAGCUGGGUCGCUGGUGGCACUGGUACACCUGAGCCUCAAGAGGACCUCGCCACGCACACAGAAAGCUUUAGAAAACAAGGUUUCAAUCAGGCCGAGAUGAUCAAGCUCGUUGCUUGUGGGCAUACUAUGGGUGGAGUCAGGAGCUCCGAUUUUCCGCAACUCGUCGCCCCCGACCCAAACUCUGUCAACCCAGUAAUUGAAGACUUUGAUACCACCAUGGAUUUUGACAACAAAGUUGUAACCGAAUACCUCGAUGGCACCACGCAGAAUGUCCUUGUUAUCAGUCCUAAUAAAACUAUGGUAUCAGACCUGCGCAUCUUUGAGGCUGACAACAACAGUACUAUGCACAGUCUUGCCGACUCUUCUGUAUUUCAGUCAGAGUGCCAAUCUAUCUUGGCAAGAAUGCUUGAUACCGUACCUAAGGGGGUUACAUUGACGGACGAAAUAACUUUAUUGCCUGCCAAAGUUACCGCAUCCCAAUUGACUUUCGAGCGAAAUCAAUUGGUUUACAAGACCUCUUUCCGUCUUCUGCAACCUAUUAACGCUACGGCCAACGCUAAUCGUAAUGUUACCUUAUUCUGGUGUGACCGAUACGGCGAUAAUAUGAACUGCACUGGCAAAACAAAUACAGCCUUGCCAGUCAAGACCCUCGUCGACGAUCCAAAUGUGUCUCCUAUCACCAAAAGUCUUGGAUACUAUUUCCUCAACUACAACUUUAUCGUGCCGAUUGACUCUGCAGCAUCCAUCGCCAAAUUUUGGUUUGAAGUCGAUGAGCAUGACGGUAGUAAGGUGACAACGUACAACAACGGAGGGAAUGGUUAUAUUAUCGAUCAAGACCAGGUUUUAUUUGUGCCAAUGUCCAGUCAUGUUACCGUCAUCCCCAACACUACCUUUACGCAGACAUACACCAACCGGGUAGGAGACGGUUAUACCCGCCACUACGACCUAGUUGUUGCUGUACGGGACGGCACGAACCCCUCGCGGGUUUAUGCGGAAGCUACGGAUAUGACUAUUCAAAACUUCCCGUUUCCCCUCAACAUGCAACUCGAGUUCACUGCGAACUCGUCAAUACCUGGCCAGUCAGGAUAUUCAUUUUAUACUGCCACUGCCGAUUCCUCCGGUGUGCAGAUGAGCCUGGAUGUACACGCAGAUGCCGCUGGACAGACUUAUACACAGACGUUCAUGCAGACCCUAGUAUUGGACAACGCUCCGUAUGUUAAGCCUGGUACGGUUUCCGUGAUCAGUACGAAAACAGCCGCUGCGGGCAGGUUAGAAGUAUGGGGUACACUGCUUCUUCUCAGCGUUGUCUUCAUGAACUUCAGGGGAGUGGCCUUGCUGGACUUGGUGCUCUGA